GGUUUGUCACGGCUGAGAGCAGCCGUGGCUGUGUAGGAUCGCUGGGGCUGUGAGCUCUGGCUGCUGCCGAAGCAAAGCCAGCGCUGCCCUUCCUUCCCGCGGAGGGUGCGCUCACAGCCCAGUGGGCUGCGCUUCCAAGGGCAGGUGUGCAAACGCUGCACCUGCCUGUGGGACUUGGACACGAAAGCAGUCUCUGAAAUAGGUGACUGAAAUGCAAGGGUUCUGGGAAAUGGGCAUACUGAUAGAAGACACCAAGGUAGAAACGCUGGAAAAAAUCUAGUAAAUUCUAUUGCAAACCUUGGAAAAGAAAAGAUAAUGGUGUGAGGAUUAGGAGGAUGACGCAGGUUAAGAAAGUGAAAGUAAAGUUCCCAUUUUUUUUCUAGUACUUUCUGGUUAAGGAAGCAUUUUCUGUUCCUUCUUAGCAGUCUCUUGUAAGUUUGAGCAGGUUCUAGAAAACGGCUUCAAAUGUAAUGCUCCCUGAGUCAGAGGAUUAGUGGGUUUUAUUGUUAGAAGGAAGGCAGCUGAGUUUCAUAAUUCAUCCUAGAAUUGUGUUCAUACAGACAAUGUCUAGAUAUGACCCAAAGUGUUGUAUUUUAAUAUUUUGUUCCAGGGAGGAGUAAUUUUUCAGUUGUGGUAAUCUGUCAUGUAGUUCACUGCCCUACUGAUAAAUGUACCUAAUUUUUUGACCUACAGCUCUUAAUAGAGGUACGAAGAAAAUCUUGCAGGCUAAAACUUCAUAGCAUUUUCUCUGUGGAGCAUGAGAAAUACUUCAGUAGUAGAAUUUGUUUUAAAUAUUUUAAAACAAAUGUGUAAGAACCGAGUAUUUUUCUGUUAGCUUCUCAUCAGAUGAAAGCAAUUUGUUUGGUAUAUUGCCAUACUUGUAUAAUAAUCUUGGUAUUUCCUAUUCCAUAGAAGAAGGCUGAGACAGGACUUACAUUUUGAUCUGCUGUAAUUUAGUAGCUCGAGUUGUGGUAAACAAAGUGGUAUUUUUUUGCUCAGAUUCAUUCUUACUGCUUAAUAGUACAUGGCUAUGGUCAGCUGUGGUUGAGGGUGGCUUAAUUUUAUUUUUAAAGAAGGGAAAUUUUGCUUUCUGAAGCUUUGUCGUUGAUACGGGUGUAAAAUUCUUCAUAGCCUUUGCUGGAAAGGGUGCAGCUCCAUGUUGAUAUAUUUGGAAAAGCGUUAUGUACAGCAGUCUCUAUAGAAACAGUGAAGUAAAUGCUAUAAUUACUCUAGAUGGGCUUCAGCAUGUCGCUUGUGCAGACAGGCCCUGCGAGCCGCCUGCAGCCUGCCGGCCGGGGCCGGGCGCGGCGGCUCCGGCAGCCCGCGCUGCGCAGGCGCGGCAGAGCCCCGGCUGCGGGCUGGGCGGGGGAAGUGACGCGCCGCUGCUUGGCGUUCUAGAAAGAGCGCAGACACGUCCUGCGGGGGAGGGCUCGGCCGUGCCCGCUGUGUAAUCGUUUAUAAAUGAGCUACGGGGCGAGGAAUGAAAUACGGAGAGGCUCUCCGGGCUUUCUUUAAUCAUCUCCACCUCGCUAAGACGCUGGACGCUGCUUUCUUUACAGCAAGGAAAAUCUGAAUUCCUCCAGCACUCGGGAUGGGGAAAGAUUACUAUUCUAUCCUGGGAAUUGAAAAAGGGGCCUCUGACGAGGAUAUCAAAAAGGCUUACAGAAAACAAGCACUGAAAUGGCAUCCAGAUAAGAACAAAUCUCCCCAUGCAGAAGAAAAAUUCAAAGAGGUUGCAGAAGCUUACGAAGUGCUGAGUGAUCCCAAAAAGAGAGAGAUUUAUGAUCAGUUUGGGGAGGAAGGCCUUAAAGGAGGAGCUGGAGGAUCUGAUGGCCAGGGUGGUACCUUCCGAUACUCCUUCCAUGGAGACCCACAUGCUACAUUUGCAGCUUUCUUUGGUGGCACAAAUCCUUUUGAGAUCUUCUUUGGGAGGAGGAUGCCUGGUGGCAGAGACACUGAAGACAUGGAGGUGGAUGGUGAUCCAUUUGGAUCCUUCACUAGUUUUAGUAUGAAUGGUUUUCCAAGGGAAAGGAAUACAGUUGGCAGCCAGUUACGUCGUAAACAAGAUCCCCCUGUAAUCCAUGAACUUAAAGUGUCACUGGAAGAGAUCUAUCAUGGCUGCACAAAAAGAAUGAGGAUUUCACGUAAAAGGCUUAACCCAGAUGGUAGAAGCGUCCGAACAGAGGACAAAAUCCUUACUAUUGAGAUAAAAAGAGGAUGGAAAGAAGGCACCAAGAUCACUUUUCCAAAAGAAGGCGAUGAAACACCCAACUCGAUUCCAGCUGAUAUUGUUUUUAUCAUUAAAGAUAAACCUCACUCUCAUUUCAAGAGAGAUGGAUCAAAUAUUGUCUAUCCUGUUAAAAUCAGCUUAAGGGAGGCUUUGUGUGGCAGCUCUUUCAAUGUGCCAACGAUAGAAGGAAGAACCAUACCCAUGACAGUCAAUGAAGUGGUAAAGCCUGGAAUGAGAAGAAGAAUUAUAGGAUAUGGUUUGCCAUUUCCCAAAAAUCCUGACCAACGGGGAGACUUAAUUAUAGAGUUUGAAGUAAUUUUCCCAGAUAACAUUUCUCCAGCAUCAAAAGAAGUACUUAGGCGAAAUCUUCCAGUUUCGUAAAAUGGAAGACUGUGUAUGUCAACAGAUUAAAAUAGGACACUGGAAA